AUGUAACUGAACUUUCACCUUGACUUGAGUAUCCGGUAACUUUACUUCUUACAUUCGUACUUACUCUUCCAUAAUGGACAUCGACGAGGAGCCCCAUUUCCUUAAUACUGUCGAAGGAGAGAUUGCGUUCUUCCGCUCUCUGAUGCGUACAAGGCCGGUUGGAAUACACCGUCACUUCCAUGUUUUGGCGAUGCGCAACGCGAUCCACAGAGAUACAGGACAUUGGAUUCCAGCGGACGUCAUAUGGGAUAAACUGAGAAGCUGUUACGACUUGGAUAUUCUGGAGAGUAUUGAAGCAGAUGGUUAUGAGACCCCUGGCAGUAAUGGGUCCAAUGUAGGCCCUGUGCAGUCACCUUCACCAGAAGACAACCUCUCUAUACAUCCAUACUUCCGGGAGGAGUACUCAUUACCUCAUGAUGAGACUAUUGAGAGCAUAAUCUCCCAGCGUCGGAUGCGUGCCACCGCUUCUCUCCCUUCCUCCUCACCAGCGCCGCCGCCACUUGUUCAUGAAAAGACUGGUCGUUCUACCAAGAAGGGAAAGUAUAAAAGUAACAUGGCUGGCCUCAUAGGAGGCGAUAGCGAUAGCAGUGCUUUGACGCAGGAAAGUGGAGACGAGAGUGUGUCUCCUCCUGCACGAAUGGGCUCAGUUGCAACCGGUACGGAUGCAGGAACAGAAUAUGCAGAAGAAGAGGAAGCAGAUGUGGCUCUCUCUCAAAUUCAAGCUACUAAGACUACUCGAAAGAGUUCCACGUCGAAGUCCAAGAAAGGGGCCACGAGAGCAAGAGGUGCUUCAGUAUCUCGCGGUGGAAUAAAGAAGAGAAAACGAUAGAAUGCUGAUGCGUUGCGACCAUACAAGACAAUCAAAACAAUGUACACCUAUUACUACAGAUACCCUACCCGAAUAUACCAGCUGAUACAAAGACGAUAGCAAGCCGUCUCUGUGGUCCAAGAAGUUAUAUGGAUUGGAGAAGCGAGUACGCAUAUUUACGGCUACGUUAGAUCAAUGAUGUCGUCUGCAUUGUUCAAGACCUUGCGACGUUUUGGAGGAGGUGCUUCGUUGUCCAUGGGAUCUUCAGCAGAGGAUUCAUUCGUUUGGCCUGGCGUGAAUGCCAACGCCGUCGUGAUCAUGUCAUAAAUUGCUCGUCCUUUUUUCUGAUUGACCUUCCAGAUGACUGGAGAAUAGACUGCUUCGAUUUUCUUGAUCUGUCAAUAGAGGAUGUCAACCUCGUG